CAAAGAACCGUGAACUUUACCCUAUUGGAAAAUUCAUAUUGGAUUUAUAGAAUCUGCAAAGAGGAGGAUUUUACGGUCUUGUCCGUUGACUAAAUUGAAAUAGCUAGCAAAAAUUGAAAGCAAGUAGUUAGAUCUUCGGAUGGUAAUUGUUCGGUUCGGACGCUUGCGAAAUAGUAUGCAGUGUCCGGUCACCCCCUUGUUUGGGCCUGAGAAGGAGCUGUUGCAAAGCAUCAAUUUUGGAAAAAAGAGAACCCUCCUUUCUAAGUGAUAAUAUGGCUGUCGGCAAGAACAAGCGUCUUUCUAAGGGAAAGAAGGGAUUGAAGAAGAAGGUCGUUGAUCCUUUCACCCGUAAAGAUUGGUAUGAUAUCAAGGCACCUUCCAUGUUCGAUGUCCGUCAAGUUGGUAAGACUCUUGUCAACCGUACUCAAGGUCUUCGUAAUGCCAACGAUUCCCUCCAAGGUCGUGUUGUCGAAAUGUCUCUUGGUGAUCUCUCCAAGGACGAAUCUCGUUCUUUCCGUAAGAUUCAAUUGAAGGUUGAUGAAAUUCAAGGCAAGAAUUGUCUUACCAACUUCUACCGUAUGGACAUGACUACUGACAAGCUCCGUUCCAUGGUCAAGAAGUGGCAAACCUUGAUUGAAGCUUUCGUCGAUGUCAAGACUACUGAUGGCUACCUCGUCCGUCUGUUUGCUAUUUCUUUCACUUCUCGUCGUCGUAAUCAAAUUAAGAAGACUACUUAUGCUCAGUCUUCACAAAUUCGUCAAAUCCGUAAGAAGAUGUUCGAAAUCAUGACUGAAGAAGCUUCUGCCUGUGAUCUUAAGGAACUUGUUGCCAAGGUUACUUCUUCCGCUUCUCAAACCGCUCAAGAUGCCAUUGCUGUCCGUAUCGAAAAGGCCUGUCAAGGUAUUUAUCCUCUUCAAAAUACUUAUACACGUAAAGUGAAGAUUCUCAAGGCCCCUAAGUUCGAUGUCUCCGCUCUUUUGGCUCUUCAUGGUGGUGCUUCUGCUGCUGCCGAAGAUACUGGCGCUAAGGCUGCCAAGGAUUUUGUGGAGCCCCCCAUCUUGUCUUCAGUUUAAAUCCCCCUCCAGUAGAGUUGUAGUAUCCAAAAAGAUUCAAUAUCAAAAAAAGAAAAAAUAUUGGAAAAUACAGGAUUUUUAUUAUUUUCCAUGGUA